AACAUCAUGGGUGGCGGAUCCACCAUUCACAGAUCCUCCACGACAAAGUCAAAUGCGGAACUGAUCUCGUCCUUGAGGACAAAUCUCUUGCAUCAUGCCGGACUCGAUCAAGACCGUUCGAGCGGGGCAAUUGAAACGAGUCGACCAUCAUACCAGACUUGGACUCGAAAACAAAACGACAUUCUCGAAAUACCAGGGCUGGAUCACGCUGAGACCAGGCUGGAAGAUGAACGCUCGCAAUACGAUAUUACUGUAAAGUUGUUCUUCCUACCGGGGACCUCAGGACCCAAUCGAUCGGCGCAGCUGAGGGAAGCUGUUACACUGGUGUUGGAAGCGCUCGCGAUGCCAUCAAUAGACCUUUUGAUUUUGUCAUUCCCUGGGAUCUAUUUUGACGAGCAAGAGGAUUGUCCUGAUAAGCUGUCAACUCGUGGGCCUAUUGAGACCGAACCGGAGCCUCUAGAAGAACAAUUACCUAUCUGGAAAACUCUAGAAGCUUUGCACAUCGAGGGCACUGUCGCUCGUUUAGGCAUUGCAGAAUUUGGCAAGGAACGACUACAAUCCCUUCUUGCCCAAGCGUCGAUCAAGCCCAGCGUUGACCAGAUCAAUCUGCGAGAUUGCUGCUCCGUACCUCAGGAUCUGUUGACUCUUGCUAAGAGCACCAAUGUUGAACUGUUAGUCCACAACGACAGCUCGAACAUCCUUCCACGAGGCAUCACUCGCGAGUUGCUAGGAGACGGUCCGUCGGGUGCUGGGGUGUUAUGUGAUGCAAAGAAUGGCACAGGCGACGGCCUGUUGAAUGGUGAAUUAAAACCUCAAUGGGUAGUCAAGUACACUGCGGUAGUUAAAGAUCGCGGUGUUGUUGAAAGCAAAGGUUAUUUCGCAGUUGCGAAUCUGGACCAAGAGUAG